AUGCCGACUUCUCCAAUCCUUUCCGCUCGUUCCACGAAGGGAAGCACUACAAGGUGCAUUCCACUGGCUCCACCGCUAGAGGGGGACGAAGAACUGGCAGAAUUGUAUCACUGGGUGGAUUCAAUUCCCCUUUCGAGACCGAAGCGAAACAUCAGCCGCGACUUUUCUGAUGGCGUUCUAAUGGCGGAGCUGGUAAACCACUGUCUCCCAAGGGUCGCAGAGCUUCACAACUACAGCGCGGCGAAUUCUGUUGAAAAAAAAACCUAUAAUUGGCAGACGAUGAACAGGAAGGUAUUCCACAGGCUUGGCAUGCAGCUGAAUCAGAAAGAUAUAAGCGACGUCGUCAGUGCCCAGCCUGGAGCUGUGGAAAGGGUGAUCCGCCUUUUUCGCAGACAGGUAAGGCUGGCAAGGGCGAGUAGCGCAGGCCUGAAUGUGGUGCUGCUCUUCAAUGACGACGGAAUGGGAAAGGAUAGCAGUGAGGUUUUCGUGUGUUAA